ACUAGCUGCUACAUAUCAGAGAAAAUGGGUGGUCGUCUGCUAUCUAUGGUUCAGCAAGCGAAGAAAAUAAUGAAAUGGCCGCAGAAUCAUGUUCAUAGUCGAAAUCAUGACACGUCGUCGAAAAACAAGAACGUGGUUCCGAGGGGACACAUUACGGUUUACGUGGGAGAGUUGCAGAGGAAGAGGUUCGUGGUUCCGAUAUCGUACUUGAACCAUCCCACGUUUCUGGAACUGCUUCAGCAAUAUGAGCAAGAGUUUGGGUUUCACCAUCCCCUGGGCGGCCUCUCUCUUCCUUGCAAAGAAGACCAGUUCCUUAAUCUCACCUCCCAACUCAGAUGAUGAGUCACCUUCCCAGAUCUUUUGUUACCAGCUAAGCCUAUUAUAUAUGUGUAAUUAAUUUCCCAGUUUAUAAAAUGCUUAGCUUGUAAUUAAUUUAAAUUCUUCCCUCUC